AAAAUAAAUUAAUUUAAAUUCCAGAAGUUGAGAAGUUGAGAUAUUUCCUUUACCUUCCGCUUCUGCAAGAACUUCUUUUGUAGCCGUACAGAAAGAAGGUUGUUGCAUGUACCCUCGUCAUUUGCCAACAGGCAACAACGCUUCACUUUCACUCCCUUUCAACUUUGAAUUUGCCAUCAACACUCAACAGAGACUCUGAACCACAAAUGGUCAAAAGAAAAAUAACACACACUCCAUCAAUGAACUCUCUCACAACAACCUCUAGCUUCGUUCUCAUCAUCAAAUUAACAUGGUCAAAGCUAUCAGAGUUCAUCAAAUUGGUGCCCCUCAGGUUCUGAAGUGGGAGGAUGUGGAAAUUGGAGAGCUUAAAGAAGGUGAGGUUCAUGUGAAACACAAAGCAAUUGGGGUUAACUUUGUUGAUGUCUACUUUCGCACAGGAGUUUAUGAAGCCCCUUCUUUCCCCUAUACUCCGGGUGUGGAGGCUGUUGGGGUUGUCGUAGCUGUCGGUGCUGGAGUCACUAGUGCAAAGGUUGGAGAUCUGGUAGGUUAUGCAGCUCGACCGUUAGGCUCGUAUGCUGAAGAGCAAAUUCUACCUGCAGAAAAAGUAGUCCCUAUCCCUCCUUCAAUUGACCCAGCUAUUGGGGCAUCCGUCAUGUCAAAGGGCAUGACAACUCUUUUUCUGAUUCGACAUUGUUUCAAGGUAGAGCCUGGUCACACGAUUCUCGUUCAUGCAGCAGCUGGUGGAGUUGGAUCUUUGUUAUGCCAGUGGGCUAAUGCUCUCGGUGCAACUGUUAUUGGAACCGUAUCCAAUAAAGUGAAAGCGGCCCAAGCUAGGGAGGAUGGUUGUCAUCAUGUUAUAAUCUAUACAGAAGAGGAUUUUGUUGCUCGUGUCAACGAGAUAACAUCAGGCAACGGAGUUGAAGUAGUCUAUGAUUCUGUAGGAAAAGAUACAUUUCAGGUAAACCUAUUCUGUGCUAUAUUGAAAUUUCAAAAUUAGAUGGUUGAGUACGAGAGAGAUAGAAUUACGUUAUAUUGCAAUCCUUCCCUCUCUUCUUUUUUUUUCCCUCCUUGUACAUCCUUGGAUUUUGUAUCCAAGGAUCCAAGGAUGUACCACAAAGUGACAGUGACAAACGAAAACGAUCAAAGCCAUUAAUUUCAUUAGGAGUUUAUUACUUUGUAUUCUUUCUUUUUUGAUCAUUGAUUAUCCAGAAAUGGCAGUAGAUUAAUGCAUCAAAUCAUCCAUUUUUAUUUUUAUUUUUUUAAAUUUAACAAAUAACAAGGAGAUCCUAGAUAUCAAGUAUGUAGUGAUUAUUAUGCCAAAUCUUCAAAUAAAUUCCAAGAUCA